UUUGACCCACCUCAGUCAGCGAGAAGAACGGGACCCAGAAAUGGAGCCCACGAUGCUCAUGCUCCCUCUUCUCCUCAUCUCGCUGCACAGUCCUUUGUGUGAGUCAGUGACAGUCAGCACUAGAAAACCUGUGGUCGAGGUCCAUGAGCACACAGAUGCUGUUCUGUCCUGUGAGUUCAGGACUGAGUUGGAGCAGAAUCCUCGAAUCGAGUGGAAGAAGAAAGGAAAGGAUGUGACCUUUGUCUACUUCGCCGAGCAUUUCACUGGACCGUAUGAGCGGCGGGCCAAGAUCGACGGAGGGACGCUCACUCUUCACGCCGUGACUCAGAAGGACUCCGGGGAGUAUCGCUGCGAGGUGACCGCCAUCCGGGAUAGAAACAAUCUCGGUGAAGCUACAGUGACCCUCAAAGUCCUCGUGCCGCCUCAUGUGCCGUCCUGUGAAGUCCCGAGUUCUGUGUUUGUGGGCUCGGGUCUGGAACUCAUGUGCAAGGACAAGCAGAGCGUCCCUCCUGCCACGUACCGCUGGUACAAAGACAACAAAGCCCUCAUGGCCACAUCCGACACUCCGUUCAGCAUCGACUCUAACAAGGGCACCCUGAAGUUUAAAAGCGUGUCGAAAGUGGACGCGGGGAUGUACCGCUGCGAGUCGUCCAACAGUGUGGGGGCGCCCAAGAGCUGUGUGGCGAAGCAGUUGAAGGUCAUCGACUAUCCUCUGAACCUGACCAUCCUGAUCGCAGGAGCAUCGGGCUUUGUCGUGUUCAUCCUCUUCUGCUGCGUCUGCGUGUGCUGCUGCCGACGCCGAGGCUGCUGCAAAAAAGAGAAGAAAAGCAAAAGCGCCAUGUACAACCCACCUCCGCCUCCACCCAUCCGCAACCUCAAGAACUACAAACAAACUCAGUCGUUCAUGAUCUGAUGCCACAACAUCAAAAAAACACGAACUUGGGAAUGUUGCAUGACUUCCUUCCAGACGACCCUGUGACUGCGACGUGUUGGAUGUACAGAUUCAUCUCUCAAAAACUGCAGUUUUCAUAACACACUUCCAGAUUCCUCACCUUUCUUUGUUUUGACAGUUUGGUUAAAAAAAAAAAGUAUUCUACUUUCAAGAGAACUCUGUUAGCGGUUCAUCAUGUGUGUUUUGGGGCCAUUAUUCAUCUGUUGAGACUUAUAUUGGUUUUUCCUCUCCCUACCUUCUUCAUUUUAUUUCUCUUAUAGAUGCUAUUUUUCUCUACGCGUUUUUGUGUAUUUUUGUAGUGUGAUGUUAACUGUACUUCUGUAAUGUGAAUUGAGCAGAAAAAGAACAGGUGUCUGCACACACUGACCGACGAUUGGACUUUUGAAAUUGUUUUAAUCCAAAUAUUCUGUCACAAAAUGAGUUGUAAUGGCAAAACAACCGAGACAUUAUUCGCAAUUUGACCAGCGGACAUACACUGUGCGAUUCCAGCCACAACUGAAAUGAACUUUUUUGAACUUGAGCGUAGCAGACUGCAAUUGGAAUAUUCAUUAUUUCAAGGAUUAUUAUUGAUAUUUAAUUAUAACAUCUUUGUAUUAAAUGAGCCAGAGACAAGUUCCCAUGGCCGGUAUGUGAACUUGCAUACAUAUGUUUAAGAUGUUUUGGAAAAACAUGUACAGUCAGUGGUGACUCACUCACUGUCUUGGAGUCAAACCUGGACCGACUUCCAUUAUCCCAAUGAUGUUCAGUUAACACAGUUGGAAUUUUCAGCGUAAAGUCAGUGAUCACAACCUUAGAUGUUUUUAUAUAGUUUCAUGUACUUAAGUACAUGACAUGUACUUCUGUUUGAGUAGUACAUGUGUACUAUGGGAAAUGUAUCUCGUGAUGGAAUUUUGAAGUCAUAUUUUGUGUGUUAUGGUGAAGAACAACACUAUAUCUAGGGGGGGAAACAACCAAAAGUAAAAAUACCUCAGAGCCAAGUGCAUAAUGCCACAAAGUUGAUGGCGAUCACCAGUUCUUUCUAUGUCGUACUUGAGUACGGAUGUGUUUUUAACGUUGCAUAUCAACCAAGCUCCAUUCAAAUCUAAUAGUAAUGAAACCAUUUGCAUUCCAAGUUUGUUAGACAAUUGCACAGUGUAUGUCUGACCCUUUCCUGAAAACAUGUUUUCCACACCUUUAGCACUUCCUGCUUUAUGUGUAUAGAUUUUGUAGACUAGCCUCAAGCACUAUGAUUAUGUAUCCAGUCAACUCACAUGUUCCCUUUUAGUUUGAAUGGACAAUUACUCACCGUUUUUAAAUGUGGAUUUUAUCAUGGAAAUUUUCAUGCUUUGCUCUUGCAGGGAAUAUGUAAAUGCUUACUUCACCACCAGGUGGCGACAGAGCACUUCCCGAAUCCAUCCCGGUAGCAGCGCGAGUGGGUUUAUUUAUUGUUUGCCAACAGUAGUACUAUUGUUUUCUCUUUUGCUGUAGUUAUCUCCUCGCUCCUGCUUCCGUCAUCGCUAAAAUAUUUAAACUGAUCUGCGCAGUGAUUUCUGCUUUACAUUAGUGCUUGAAGUUGGAAGAACUUGUCGUGUUUUAUCGUUUGGAGACUGUGCAAAAGAUGCGAAUA